UGGUAAUUAUUACUGUAACCUUUUUUUAAAUGUUUUCAGCCUUAUUGUUGUUGGUUGCUUUACAUGUCUCAUUUCCCCAAAUAGCCUUUCUUUCUUCUCAUACAUUCUUUGCCUUACCCUUUUCCAGUUCAGUGAGAACCAUAACAAAGAAAAGAAAAAUACAUAUAAGUAUUGAUUACAACAAAAAUGGAAGAUAAUAAAGAUCAUGAUUUCUUUUCACACAAAUUCCCAACAACUUCUCAGGUGGUGGAAGAGCUGAAGGAGCUUUGGGGGAUGGCUUUACCAAUAACAGCUAUGAACAUGUUGGUUUUUGUGAGAGCAGUUGUUUCUGUUCUGUUUCUUGGUAGACUUGGUAGUUUAGAGCUAGCUGGUGGUGCACUGUCUAUAGGUUUCACAAACAUAACAGGGUAUUCUGUUCUUGUUGGUCUUGCAUCAGGUCUUGAACCUGUUUGUAGCCAAGCUUUUGGUAGCAAAAAUUGGGAACUUCUUUCCCUUUCAUUACAAAGAAUGGUUCUCAUACUUUUAAUGGCAAUUGUACCCAUAAGUCUUCUAUGGAUAAAUCUUGAAAGAAUAAUGCUUUUCAUGGGACAAGACAGUAGUAUAACUGAAAUGGCAUCCAUUUACUGUUUCUAUUCUCUCCCAGACCUUUUAACAAACACCUUGUUGCAACCUUUGAGGGUAUUUUUAAGGUCACAAAAAGUGACAAAACCAAUGAUGUAUUGUUCAUUGGUGGCUGUUGUUUUUCAUGUUCCUUUGAAUUAUUUGUUGGUUGUAGUGAUGGAACUUGGUGUACCAGGUGUGGCUAUGGCUUCUGUUUUGACAAACAUGAACAUGGUAGUGUUAAUGGCAGGGUAUGUUUGUAUUUUUAGAAAAAAUGAAAUGAUGUUGAGGUGGGGUUGUGGUAAUGGUGGAUUAAUGAUAGUGUAUGAUGGUUUAGGACAGUUGAUGAAAUUAGCUGUACCUAGUUGUCUUAUGAUAUGUUUGGAAUGGUGGUGGUAUGAGAUUGUUACUGUUAUGGCUGGUUAUUUACCAAAUCCAACUUUGGCUGUUGCUGCUACUGGGAUUUUGAUUCAGACAACUAGUAUGAUGUACACUGUCCCCAUGGCACUUGCAGGAUGUGUUUCUGCCAGGGUAGGGAAUGAGCUUGGAGCUGGUAAACCAUACAAGGCAAAACUCGCAGCCAUGGUUGCAUUAGGAUGUGCUUUCGUAAUGGGCUUCAUCAAUGUGGCAUGGACUGUGAUUCUUAGAUAUGGGUGGGCCGCGUUGUUUACAAAUGAUGAGCCCGUAAAAGCUUUGGUUGCAUCGGUCAUGCCAAUCAUGGGCCUAUGCGAGCUUGGAAACUGCCCACAAACAACGGGAUGUGGCAUCCUUCGUGGCACGGCACGGCCCGUCAUUGGUGCUAACAUUAAUUUGGGUUCAUUUUACUUUGUGGGUACACCGGUUGCUGUGGGCUUGGCAUUUUGGUUCAAAAUUGGGUUUAGUGGGCUUUGGUUUGGGCUUUUGUCUGCGCAGGUGGCAUGUGCUUUAUCACUUCUAUAUGUUGUUGUGGUACGUACGGAUUGGGAAGCAGAGGCUUUGAAGGCAGAGAAGCUAACAAGAGGGGUAGAGAUGGGAAAUUGGAACGGAAGUAAGAAUAAAGACAAAAUGAUAGAUGAUGAGGAAAACAAGGGUUUGUUGGUGUAUGGAAAUGGGAACAAAAUUGACAUUUGAUAAUAUAAAAAGGUUUUUGUUUGGGUAUAUUUAAUUUAAUUGGAUGGGAUAUAGCUUGGAUGUGAGAAUCUGGCAUUUUGGUUGUGAGAACUAGUGAUGAUAUUAUUAUUUCAUAUUUCCUCUAAGCA